AUGCGGGUCGAAAAGGAAAAGUUCAGGAACAUGGACGAGCACAGGGUGGCGCUGGACGAGCUGUGCCGGCGGUUCGGGACCAGCGCCGAGAACGGGCUGAGCAGCCAGGCGGCCUAGCUGCGCAACCAAGAAGAGGGCGACAACAAGCUGCUAGAAAAGAAGACUCCCGCCUGGAUCCGGUUCCUGCUGAGUUGACGAAUGGUUCAGCAUCCUGCGUGGGUGGGCUCGAUACUGUGCAUCAUCACUUACAUCAUCCAGCCAGCCAGAAUGCCCAACCUCUACCUCGGCAUCAUCCUCAUCUUCGUCAUCCUCCUGACCGGCGCGAUCACCUUCAUGCAGAGCGCCAAGUCAGACGCCCUCAUGGAUUCUUUCAAGAACAUGUUGCCGCAACUGCACGGUGGUCCGCGACGCAAGCUCACCCAGGUCCAUGCCGAGAAGCUGGUCCGCGGCGACCUCAUCGAGCUCAAGAGCGGCGAUAAGGUGCCCGCGGAUAUCCGGAUCACCAUGUCCAACGAACUGAAGGUGGACAACUCUCCCCUUACUGGCGAAAGUGACCCGCUCCUGCGCACGGUCGAACUCGCACCCCGACGAGCCCUCGAGACCAAAAACCUGGCGUUCUUCGGCACCCUGAUCAAGGAGGGCAAGCAGGGCAUUGUCAUCAUGAUCGCACAGCAGACCGUCCUGGGCCAGAUCGCAGACCUCGCCAGUGCUGGCACCGGUCAGUCCCCCCUCCGGAAGGAGCUCGACCGGUUCGUCCUCCUGAUCACGGUGAUCGCCCUGGUGCUGGGCAUCGGCUUCUUCAUCCUCGCGAGGGUGGUACAGGCCUCAGCUACCUGGAGUGCAUGAUCUUUGGAUCGGCAUCUUGGUCGCAAACGUCCGGAAGGCCUGCUCGGCUGCAUCACCAUCUCGGCGAUCACGGCCCAGCGCCUGCACGAGAAACAGGUGCUGGUCAAAAACCUCGAGGCAGUCGAGACCCUCGGCUCUACUUCCUGUAUCUGGCCUUCGGACAAGACCGGCACUCACCCAGACAAGAUGACCGUCGAGAACGUGUGGUACGACGGGAGAUCCACCGCGCUGAGAGCAUGGAAAACCCCCACCGACCCCGUUUUCAGGAUGCUCCAUGAGGCGGCGAUGAUCUCGUCUUAGGCGAAGUUCGACGUCAGCCAGGAAAUGCUUGCCGAGCCGGGGUUCAAAUGGGCGAAGGCCCCAGUCCUCGGCGGCUCAGAAACCGCCCUCGUAAAGUUUUUCCAGCCGAUCGAAGACAUCGAGACCACCCGCGCUCGCUACAAGAGCCAGCUGCAAAGACGCUCGAUCGCCAAGAUGCCUUUCAACUACAACAAGUACGCCCUGACCAUCGUGGAGCAGCAGACCGACGACUCCUACUACUGCAUGUACAUCAAGGGGGCUCCCUAGAAGAUCUGGAAGUUCUGUGGCAAGAUCACUGAUGCGGGCCGGGUCCGGGAGAUCGACCUUGAGAUGAACAAGAAAUUCGAGGCGGUCAAUCUGCGGUUCGGGAAGAACGGGGAGCGCGUGCUUGGCUGCAAGUGCCAUCUCAACAAGGAGGAGUAUCCCAUGGGGUACGGGUUCAAUGUCUCCAACCCUGCCAAUUUCAACUUCCCUAUGGAAAAUUUCACUUUCGCAGUGGUCUCCUUGAUGGACCCGCCGAAGGAGUCAGUCCACGCCGUGCUGAAAUGCAGGUCUGCAGGGAUUAAGGUCAUCAUGGUCACCGGCGACCAACCCCCCACCGCAGCCGCCAUCGCCAGACAGGUCAACAUCAUCAGUUCGAAGACAGUGGACGAUCUGGUCGAGUAGGGCUACUCCAAAGAGGACGCCAUGGAAAAAGCAAAGGCCAUCGUCAUCCACGGGGACAUGAUUGUCAAGGCCUACGAGGACGGCGAGGAGGAAGGCUAGCUGAAGCUGAUGAGUGGGUCUCCAAGUCCAGUGCGUGUUCGCGAGGACCACGCUGCCCAGAAGCUGAAGAUCGUGAGGGCCUGUCAGAGAGCCGGCAAUAUUGUGGGGGUGACGGGCGACGGGGUCAACGACAGCCCCGCGAUCAAGCAGGCGGACAUCGGCAUCGCCAUGGGCAUCAUGGGCACCGACGUGUCGAAGGACGCGGCCGACAUGAUCCUCCUGAACGACGAUUUCGGGUCGAUCGUCGACGGCAUCGAGUAAGGCCGCAAGAUCUUUGACAACCUGAAGAAGACGAUCGUCUACCUGCUGACCUCGAACAUCACCGAGAUCUUCCGUUCCUGGCCUACGUCACCAUGCAGAUCCGCUGCCCUCUCCAACAUCUUCAUGCUCGUGAUCUGCGUCCGGCACCGACAUCCUGCCGCCAUCUCCCUGGCCUACGAGGAGAGCGAGGUCGACAUCAUGACCCGAAAGCCCCGCAAGAUCGAUGAGCAUCUGGUCUCUCUGAAGCUCCUGGUACACGCCUACGGGCAGAUGGGGGAGAUCGCCACUGCGGCUGGCUUCUUCAGCUUUUUCGUGACCAUGUUCACCUACGGCUUUCCGGUGUCCGCCCAGAUUGCAUCAUCACACGCCCGGCAGAACUGCACGGCCUUCGCUGAGGCCUACCCCGCCAACUUUACGCCCGACUGGAUCGGCCUGACCAACACCUACGGCUACGCAGACAUGCGCAUGAGCCUGAUCUACUGCAACCCGUCAGGCAUCUGGCAGCACACCUCACACGUGACCAAGGCCAAAGUGUGCUACACCACCGAAGCGGUCUACUACGGACAGUCGUCGUACUUCGUGGCGAUCGUGAUGGUGCAGUGGUCCAACAUCAUCUCCUGCAAGUCCAGGAAGUCGUCCUUCGUCUACUCCCGGGUCAACAAGGUCAUGCUGGCCGGCAUCCUCUGUGAGACGGUCAUCUUCAUCUUCUUGCUGUACGUGCCGGGCGUCAAUACGGUCUUCGGCGGGAGGCCGCUGGACUUCUUCCUGAUGGGCACCCCUGGCCUCUGUUUUUCGGUGCUGCUGCUGCUGUGGGUCGAGGGCCGCAAGGUGCUCAUCAACCACCGCAAGAAAGGCCAGGCCACUCCCAACUGGUUCUAG